AUGAACGCUCCAUUCAUUCACCCAAUAACAGCUCCGUACUUUGUUACAUAUGAGGGAUACAAUUUCACCCUGAAGAACGCUCCGAUUUGGACAAAACCGUUGGGUAAGGAUCUGUGUGUCGUAGACAUUGACAACAGACCAUUUUCGAAGAAACAUGAGCUUUUUGAUGAACAUCUACUCAACUGGGGUUCGUUUGACAAGUAUUCAGUUGGCCUUUUGAAUCAUUAUCUUUAUGCCUUGAUCCAUGGUUACAGAUACACCUUCAUACACGUUGCACAAAAGCCAUCUGAUCGCUAUGUCUCUUGGGCCAAAGUACCUGCCAUUAUCGAGCAUCUGAAAGAAUGCAAAUACGUUCUUAACGUUGAAGCAGAUGCCAUCUUCAAGGAGCUCACAUUACCAAUGGAAUGGCAGAUGAACUAUUGGAACUUUACAAAGAAUACCAAGGUCGCGAUUCCAUCCGACCCGACCGAGGACUGGAACCUGGACUGGCAGGGGAAUGUGAACUUGAAUACUGGAUUUAUCCUUGCAAAAAACACUCCUCGAACAGUUGAGAUAUGGGAGAGUUGGAAAUCCUGUCUGGAUGACUAUCAUCGCUUCCCGGAUUGCCAACAAUUCAGGGACAACUGGCCGGCCGAGCAAGGUGCGUAUUCCUCUAUAAUACGUUACCUAUAUAAUGAACCGGAUGAUCUCCUGGUCAUACCAUGUGGCGAAGCAAAUGGAUAUCCAGAAUCAGAUUCCGACUGCAAUGGCUCGUUAAAUUACCAACACUUUUGGAUCAAGAAGGAACAACUUCUGAAGGAUAAAGCUACUGUACCGAUGAUGCAGUUGACAAUGCAAAGCUUGCACCUAGAUCUUCUGAUCAGGAAGGAAGAGGUAUUAGUACAGAAACCAGGCUUCUAUACGUUCGCGGCCUAUGAGUAG